GUGGAUUGGAUCUCCCUCGCGGUGCCGUUUGCCUACUUGGGCGUUCUACUCGGCUCUCUCGCGACAUUCUCCUCUCUCUACCGCAAGCGCAAAGCCACCAAGGCAUUCUCCCUGGAGCCAUGGUUCCCCGCCCACGUGCAACGCGACAUCUAUUUUAACCUGCUCCACCUCGACCCCCCGAAGGACAGCAGCAAGGAGAAGAAGGGCCCCGCGGUGCCGGAGUCGGUACUGAAGGCGGCGUUGCUGCGCCGCGCGAUCGAGGACAUCAAGCGCGUCAUGCAAUUGAGGUCGCAGAAGCAGGCUCUGGCCAUGUUGCUGCAGCGCGGCAGUGUGGGGGAUGAUCUCUGGCAACGGUUCACACGUGCGGAAAAGGAGAUGGAGGAGGAGGUGCGGGAUGUUGUUGCUGAGGCGAAUGCGUACGUUCCCGGCUGGGGUCAGACGAUCUUUCAGUCGGCCAACGAGAUGCUGAAUAAUGAUCUCUACCGGGAACGCAUGGAGAAGGAGCAGGCUAAGCUUGAGGAGGAGCGCAAGUGGUGGGAGAAGAAGAGGGCGAACACUCAGGAGGAGUUUAUGAAAGAGCUGGAUGCCGAGGCGGCGAAUGCGACUCCUUCGAGGAAACAAUCCGAGUCCUCUGUUCCCGCCGCUCCCGCUGCUGCUACCCCCACGACCCCGACUGCUACGAGUGGUGCC